UUGCGCCCCUGACGUCGACACAACCAGCAUAGCAUCAUACCGCCAACCUCACCGGCCCUUCGUCCUACCCUGUGGAUCCCCUGCUCUCAGAGAAAAUCUGUCUCCUUUGGGGCCGGAGGUCGCGGCGCGAGGUUGUCAGAGCAAGCGAGGAGGCAACCACCGACGUCAGUAGGGGUCAACACUAGGCGAUGGCAAGUCCAGCGCCGAGUCCGACAUCUCCCUCCCCUGGUAAGCGUCGUUUUCACCGACUAUCUCAAUGGCUGGUGAAGAAUGGAAAUAAGCUCCUGAAAGACAAACCGCUACCUGCUCCUCCCGAACGCCCGGGCACACCAUUGCGAGAAGAGACGCAUCGAGAGAUCGUCACAGUCACGCCUUCUCGUCGGGAAGGCGAACGACGACCUCUCUCGAACCAGUCCGAAGUGGCCGGUGAGUUCGGAUAUGAUCGCAAGAUCGAUGGGCGUGAUUAUGAUCUUGCCCGCACGGAGAAGUACGCGUAUGGCAGCGUUCAGGGAACAGACCAGAAUCCCCAAGCGUGGGAAAGUGGACUUCCCAGAAUGCAGAAACAUGGUCGGAGCGCGUCGCACGACCCUCCGGCUCCUGGACGGCCCGCUCUCAACUUCUCCGACGGCGGGUCUGAAUCUGCCUACCCUGCAUACAAUUUGCAAGGAAAUGAGAAGGGUCUAGCCACGGACUAUGGCGAUUCUGCUAUUCCUCGUACAGGACGCGUCGUCUCUGCUCCUCCGCCUCGUCGCGUGCUUGAUGGCGCAUAUAUACCCACCCAGUAUCCACCGGACACAGAGCCGAAAGUCUCUUCAAACAGACCAGCCAUCACCAUCCCGCCUGACAUACGCACCAGCCCUCUAUAUGCUAGCUCACGAACCCUACAGUACGCCCUUGCCGGUGAUGAGUCACCUUCUCCCGCCUCACGCACCGGACAGCGCAUGCACAUCCAGAUGCCUGUGCCAAUGCAUGCUCUUCCCCUACCAGACGCGUUCGCCGCACUCUCGCUAACUACGCCCACACCUCGAUCCGCUCCCCCAGAAACACUGAUGCAACCGCCACUUGGCCACGGGCCGUCACACUCUGCUGUAUCACUUAAUGUUCCUUCUCCAGUCCGCCCUCAACAACAACAAGCAGACGGGAGGACGCCUCCUCGCACUCCAGUCAAACACGCCGGGCGCCGGCGCUCCAGCUCUUCUCCAGCCUCUCCCUCCCUCGCAGCCCUGUCCACCCUGUCCACCACCCCGAACCAACCAACAGGCUCCUCCGAUUCCCCAGCCUCCAGGCAGCCAAAAAUGACCGUCCAAUGCGCAGGCAUCACCAAGUCCGGCCUGUCCUGUCAGCGACAAGUCAAGGCCCUCUCCGCCCUGGCCUUCCUAGCGCCGGACGAGCCGGUCGAGCGGUACUGCCACCAGCACGCGCGCGAGGUGCUCGAGCCUUCGGGGUUCUAUACCCGUCCUCAGGCGGGCGGUGCACCGCGAUGGAUCGCGUACGGGGAAUGGAUACCCGAGUACUUGUCCCAGCCCACUCAGAUCCUCUUGCGCACAACGAUGGAGUCUCCUCCGAGCGUGAGCGACCAGCCUGGUCAUAUCUACGCCUACGAGCUGCGCACGCCCGCCUCCGAACCUGUCGCACUCAAAGUUGGCCGAGCGGGAAACGUCAAGAACCGGCUGGGCGAAUGGGGUCGCCAAUGUGGGAAGGAAGUCGUCUUACGAGGGCUUUGGCCCCCAGCUGCUGGAGAGAGGGAAGGGAACCCGAGCUUGAUGCGAGGACGCCUCAAACCGGGGGAAAAGGCACCCUGUGUUCAUAGGCUCGAACGGCUGAUACACCUCGAGCUGGCAGACGUAUCGCUCUACAGUACUCAUUUACGUGUCGACUUCUUCCCGUCUACUCGCGUUGUGCCGUCUGGGACGACGACCCCCGCGCGGGGCACACGAUCCAAAGCGAGCGGUACGCCGGCCAAGGGCUCCCUCCCUUCCUCCCCUGCCUCGGCGAGCAAGAACCCCCUCCGCCGCCCACUUACAGCGUGUCCCGAGUGCGGCAAGCUCCACCGCGAGAUCUUCACUUUCGACCGGGUUGGCUCUGGACGCGCUAAAGGCCGGGAAUGGGAGGAGAUCGUUCGCCCGGUGAUCGAUAAAUGGGGGAGGUUUGUAGAGCUUCU